AUGCCUAUCAUGCAUCCAAUCACCUCCAAUUUGAUGUACCGGGGCAUCUGCACUAUCCCGGACAUGCUCGCCUACCGAGCCCCGGUCAACCUGCCCGAGGACGAGGUUGAAGAGAUCCGCGAGGCGUUCAAGGUGUUUGACCGUGAUGGGAAUGGCUUUAUUUCCAAGCAGGAGCUAGGCAUGGCCAUGAGAUCCCUGGGAUACAUGCCCAACGAGGUGGAGCUGGAGGUCAUCAUACAGAGACUGGACAUGGACGGUGAUGGUCAGGUGGAUUUCGAGGAGUUUGUCACUCUCCUCGGACCCAAGCUGACAGCAGCCGGAAUGCCUGACAAGUUCCACGGAACCGACUUUGACUCCGUGUUCUGGAAGACUGACAUGCAGAAGCUGACGGUGGAGGAGCUGAAGAGGCUGCUGUACGAUACGUUCUGCGACCACCUGACCAUGAAGGACAUCGAGAACAUCAUCAUGACCGAGGAGAGCCAUAUAGAGAACCCAGGGGCCUGUCAGGUGGAUAUAGACACUAGUCCAACGCAGCAAGUCAAGCAGACGUGUGUACGCAAGAGCCUGAUAUGUGCUUUCGCCAUUGCUUUCAUCAUCAGUGUCAUGCUUAUCGCAGCCAAUCAGGUGCUGCGGAGCGGCAUGAAGUAG